AUGGUACCAAUUCUAGCAUCUCCAGAGCGAAUCAACGGCUGUAGUGGUGAAGAAAACGGCAGUUGGAAAUUUUGUACAACGCCUCGCACCCAAUUGAUAAUAAACACGGACAGAUGUACACCUCCGCUAAGAUACCGAUCGAAAAUGAGAACUAGACCUCCAUACGAAGGUGCCGAUACGCAGGAAUCGCCCUGCAAGCCCUCCAACGUGCAAUGGCAUCGCAACAUCCUACCCAGUCCCGAAUGGACUUCUGACGAAGACACUUGCAGCGACCUAAGCAUGGGAGAUGCGUCUGGCGAUGGCAGCUUGACGAGUCCCUUGAGCGAUUGCGGCGCUGAUUCGGAUAACAAAGUAUGCAGCAAAGGUGGAAAUAAACUACCAUUCGUGGCCCUUCCACCGCCAUUGAUUGGGGAUCUGGCUCUAAGGCCUCUUCAAAAUGUGCCUGCAUUGGGCUCACCUACAAUUCUGCGCAAAAGCUCCAUCUUGAGAAACAAACGACAGUGUAUCAGGGCUCGCAAGCAGCAUUUUCAAUUGCGUUCCAUACUCAAGAAACCCACCAGUGAUGCUGCGCUCAAUUUGAUUGUCUCGUCGGCGAGCGGGUCUAUCGUGGAUGCGACCCUGUAUGCCACCGAAAUGAACGCUGCAGGAAGCCAAGUACCACUACCAUCGUUUGUAUGGGAGAAAGUUACGAUCCCAGUCGAUUUGAAAGUCAGGGAAGAAUCCAAACUGAAACGCGCCAGACACUGUGUUUACUACGAUGACAGCGAUGAUCUUAACGAUUUGGUUCUAAGCGAAGAUGCCGCUGUCAUUCGUGCUUACGAGUUCAGAAGGGAACAAGGUGAUUUGGGGAUGGUGUCUACGCAUUCCAUGUCGGCGAUCAAAAAGAACAAGCAUUUGAGGUGGGCUUCUGACGCUUCAUUGUAA